AUGUCUGGAACUUACAUCUCAGCGGUUUUUAUUUCGUUUGAUAUGUUCGUUGAGCACAGUUCCAAUCAAUCAUCGGAAAAGGUACAACAUGAAUUGAAAAACAUUUGCAAACUUUCAGAAAGUUUUAUUUUGCUUGUCAUAAGAGACAAGCUUAAUUAUGAUCCGGAGACGAAAUCGAUAUCUCAUUUUGGCUCGUGUAGUGUCAAAUAUAUUUUUUGUUUGGUGGAGAAAACAUUUCAAGUUGAAGUCUGCGGCCUUAAAAGGGUCAUUUACAUCAUUGUGCAGCAUACAAAUUCAUCUCAUAAGUUUUUCAUCAUCAGCGAUAGGUUCAACGAUGUUACGUUAAAUAUAAAUGUAUGUCAAGUCAUCAGAAAUUAA